UUCGCCCUAUCUUCUUGUACUCGACUGAUUUUUUUCACGAGCAACAUAGAGGGAAAGGGGAAAAAGGAACUUUUUGUGUCACAUGUGUUGUAAUGCAGGGAGGGGUAUAGGUCUUUGCUUUGAUUCUGAGGGUUUUGAGGAACGUGUGAUCGGAUGGGUUUUGUUCAUGGUGGCUGUUCGUAUGUAGAUCUGUCCAUUUUCCAUGUUCUUCUUCCAUAAAACUCUGAUCUCAUUAGGUAGGGAUUUUGGCUGGUUCAAUGACCAUCUUUUGGGAUGGUUUGACGAAAAAGAGAUCAUCUUUGUUGUGCUUGAAAAAUUAGAAGUAUUCCAGGUGUAGUAGGAGGUUGAAGACAUUCCCCAAGCCCAUAUCAUUAGUGGUUGCUCCUGUCACCAUGAGGCAGAGAAAUUGCAAGAGAAGAAACCACUGAUGAAGUGUGGUGCAUCAGAUGAUGCUGCUUCGGCACGGUCCAUGAAUUUUUGCUUUGACUGCAGCAUCUGUUUGGAAUUUGCCGUUGAUCCAGUGGUCACACUGUGCGGUCAUCUCUAUUGUUGGCCUUGCAUCUUCAAAUGGAUGCAGGUUGAGAGCAUAUCUAAUCAGCAGUGCCCUGUCUGCAAGGCCCUUCUCUCUCAGGAUACCCUCAUCCCACUCUACGGUCGCGGCAGGCACAGCACCAAGGGAGAUUCUGCUGUCCCACAUCGACCGACCCUUCACCAUCACCGUGGUGGUGCAACAAUUACUUCGGCACUCGAGAAUGAUUCCCCUAGGAUGAAUGAAGCCCAGCAGCCUCAGUUUCGCCAUCAACACCACUACCCCUCUUAUGCUGGUCUUGGCAACAGUUACACAUCAGAGUCUUCUUCUUCACCACAGACGUCACCUUGGUUUUGUUCAACAACUGGGAGUGUGCUUGGUGGUUUAGCUAUCUCCAUUCUUCCUUGGGUUUUCAGGAAUCAUGGAGCAAGCAUAUACUACUCAAAUUCGCAUCAUCUCACAUUGGGUGUGAGCAGUCCAAGGCUGAGAAGGCAGCAGAUGCAGGUGGAGAGUUCUCUGCAUCAGAUAUGGUUCUUCCUUUUCUUCUGUGCUAUAUCGUGUUUUCUGUUGUUCUAAUUGACAUUAACUACUUUGAUGUACAUGUUCUUAAGUUGAAUGGCAGAGGUUGU